AUGAUUCUGAAAGGUCUAACCCGAUUCCUUGAAGGUGGAAUACCCCGAUCGGGAACGACUCUGCUGCGUGCAAUGCUCGAUGCACAUCCAGAUGUGCGCUGCGGCGAGGAGACCAGAGUUAUUCCAAGUAUUCUGGCUCUUGUGUCCAAGAUGAAACGCAACACAACGGGAUUGUUUUUAGCAAUUCUUCUUCAGGUUAUAGCUGGCCAUGGUGCUCCAGCUCCCCGUUUGUGUAACAAAGAUCCUUACACACUAAAUGCUGCCACAUACUUGGCGAGGAUUUUCCCAAAUGCUCGUUUUCUCUUCGUUAUUCGAGAUGGCAGAGCUACUGUGCACAGUAUGAUUUCUAGAAAGAUUCCUGUUGAGCGCUUCAAUGUAUCUAGCUAUCGCCAAAGUUUGAAGGCGUGGAACGAAAUCAUAUCAACAAUGGAUGAACAAUGCAGAAAAAUCAGCAUCAAAUGUUUACGGGUUUAUUACGAGCAACUCGUGUUGCAUCCUGAGUCAGAAAUGCGACGCAUUUUGGAAUUCUUAGAACUUCCAUGGAGCCCAAGCGUGUUGCGUCAUGAACACUACAUUGGAAAGAAAAUCAAGCUGUCAAAAAUGGAGUUAAGUUCAGACCAGGUGAUCAAGCCUUUGAACACAGAUGCGUUGUCAAAAUGGGUAGGAGCUAUACCCAAAGAUGUUGUAAAAGAAAUGGAGGCGAUAGCACCGAUGUUGCGGCAGCUGGGUUAUGAUCCAAAUGCGAACCCACCCAACUACGGUAUACCGGACGAGUUGGUGGCAAAGAAAACGGAAGACCUUCAUAAGAAUGGUGAAGAGUGGUACAAAAAGGCGAAGAUGGCUGUAGAUAAUCCGAAUCGAGUCGAUAAACCAAAACACUAA